AUGAAUAUUCCAACACCAGGACCAUUUAGCAGUCAAGAAAUGAAUGAUUGGUAUAAAGGAGGAUUUUUUGUACUUAGCCUUUUAGUUAAGAGGGUGGAAAAUACCGCAUUUGAGCCAUUAGGAGCUUUAAUUCGAAAGACUGGUGAUGAUGAGAGACCUUUUUCAGCACCAAUUCUAGGAAAUAGACCGUCUUUAACGAUUUCUAUGCCAAACAAUUCUUCACGGUUGGUAAAUGAUCCAUUCCAACGCGCUUGGGGGGCACCUAAUUCUCCAAGCACCGCUCAAUUGUUUCUCGAACAUCAACAAAGAUUUAAUCCGUUCGGAGGAACCACAUCUGUGCCAACGACACCGUUUGACAGAUAUCAAUUCAGUGGGGUGUUUGGUCGCAACGAGGUUUCAAAUGGUUGGAAUGAUUUAGGAACAACGAGUUCUACAUGGGGACCAUCAGAUAGUUACACAUCAAACGGCGGUAACCUUUCACCCCGUUUACAAGCUCCAAAUUCUCCUCCAUUAUUCAAUAAUAAUGCAACAUUCAAUGUGUCACCGCCUCAAACCUAUCUGGAACAUCAACGAGCGUUUAAUCCACAAAUUGAGAGACAGCAAUAUUUAAUGAUGCAGCAAAGACAAUUACAACAGAAUCAACAUACUUAUCCAGAUACAUUUAUUCGUCAACAACAGCAAAAUUAUGUUGGUCUAUCUGGGCCAGUCUCUGCACCAAUUACAAAUGCUCCAAAUUCUCCAUUCAUUGAUGUAAUAACGAGAAAUGCAGGUUGGUCAACCACGACAGAGCAACAGCCACCUCCAGUUUCACCAUGGGGAAUAAUAGCACCCGGUGUUGGUGCUACACCAUCCCGGGCUCAACAGUCGGAAGAUUCAGGAUAUUUUGGUAUCAGGAAAGAAUCCAAUUUUGGUUUACAACAACAAACACAUCACGAGCGACCACCAAAUCGUACUGAUGACCGGUCAUAUGAGGUUGUUGGUGGACAAACUCAAGAAUCAACAUUUGAGAAAAAUUCAAUUAACGAAGUUAUUGAUUCAAUGUCAAAGCUAAAUCCAGUAGAUGAAAAAAUCAAUUCAAAUAAAGUCGAUGGAAAAUUUAAUAUGGUGGAUAAAAUAGAAUUGUCACCCAAGUCUAAAUUAGAGGAACCUAUUCAUCAACCA